AUGAAACGCACUAUGGCGGAUCGAUCACCACAGCCUUGUGAUGUUUAUCUUUUGAAGAUAGUAAAUGGGACAAAUUCAACCUCCUUGUUUAUCCCCGGACAUGACAAGCCUGAUCUUCAAGGUAAAUCUCGCCGUAGCAAUAAUGGCACGACAUCAUCAUCAUCCACUACUCGAUCACAACCACGACGCCACCGUAUAUUGUCUAAUGCUGAAGAAGACGGUCACAUCACACCACCACCAAUCUUUUCAGCAACAGCAUCGCUAUCACUCGAUUUCUUACGCUCAUUAGAGCUAUCACCAACAUCGGGUCGUACUUCACCUUUAACGCUUGACAAUGUCAACAAUAAUCAUGUUGCACCAAAGGAAAGCGAUGUUAUCGAGACUAAUGAUGAACAUGUGGAUGAGGAAAUUGAUCAUGGUGGUGGAGAUUCAACCGGAGUGCCAGCACUAGAGAUCAACAGCAUUGCAGCAUCAACAGCAACAACGACACACGACAACGAUGAUCGACAACAACUACAUGCGACUACAACAACACGACCAGCAGCUGAUCAUGACAACAACAGCAACGACAAUGAUAGUGUGGACUCAUGGCUUCGUUCGGGUCGACCAGUGGAUGAAUUGGCAAAUGAAAGGGCAGCAACAACCACCGAGCAAAUUGAUCGUGAAUGGUACCAGCUCUUUGAGAAUCCUAUUUCACCACCUGGCCAACGCUCAGCUUCAUUUGAUGCAUCAUUUGACCAAGCAAUCAUGGAUUACGACAUACAACAUGGACCUUCACCCACACGCUCACAUCGUCGCACACGCUCUGUUUCUCCUGUUAUCGAUGUAUCAUCACCAUCAUUGAAUGCUAAUCAUGCUCACACACCAGCACCAAAUGAUGGCAAUGUUACAACAAUGGAAAUUGACGAGCCAAUUAUACCGUGGAGACCUACACAGCAGCCUCGUGAAUACAUGUCGAUCACAACAUUGAUGCACAAUCGACGAUCACGACGCUAUCUACGUGUGCCACUAUUUAACAACAAGCACGCACGCCUUUGUUUUGAAGCAGCUAUCAAUGAGCUUGUGGAACGGCAUAUUGUUGUUGAGGGUGAUGACCAUACUAUUGUGACACAAAAGAACAACGACUUUCACGACGCAUUGUACCCAUUGAUUGCCGAGUUCACUAGGCCACGACCACGUGUUGACAAUCAAGGUUGCAUUGAAUGGAACGGGAUGCAACAAACCGAUGAUGAAGCUGAGACCACCGAUCGUUUGAAUAACAGCAAUAACCUCUCAGCUAGUGAACGUAGACGUCUUUUUCGUAGACGUACAGCUAUACGAGAAGGACGUGAUGCUACUACAUCUCUUUUUAAUCAAUAUUGA